AGAUCAGUCAGGCGGGCGACGACAAUGCCCAUAGCGCACAAUAGGCCAAAAAUAGAGCUGAAGUUCAACAUGAGAUCAAGCAAAGAGUAUGUAAUCAGUAUGCUUUUCCGCUAAAUGUCAAUGGAAACUUUACACAACGUUACAUAGCUUCAUAUCUAUUCACAUAUUUUAUAUAACAUAAUAUGCUUCACAUUGAAAAAUAUACGUGAAAAAGUUAUAGAAGUUUUAUAAAAUGUCUAAACUUGGUGCUCUACAUUUCACUAAACACACGGGUGCGAAGCACACAGCAACUUUAAUAUUUUUUCAUGGAUCUGGUGGUAAUGGAUCAGAUAUGAAAGAGUGGAUAAAAGUAUUGAAUAAGAAUUUUACGUUUCCUCAUAUCAAAGUGUUAUAUCCAACUGCACCACGUCAGCCUUAUACACCAGCUGGUGGACAGUUGAGCAAUGUGUGGUUUGACCGCUUAGAUAUAAAUCCUUUUGUACCUGAGCAUCUGGAUUCACUUGCUAAAAUAGAAGUGGAAGUGAGGAACCUUAUUCAAAAAGAACAUGAGGCUGGCAUUCCAAGCAAUAGGAUAGUAGUUGGUGGGUUUUCCAUGGGUGGAGCAUUGUCACUACAUGUUGGGUACCUAUGGGACCGCAAUCUUGCUGGAGUGUUUGCUCAUAGUUCAUUCCUACCAACUAAAUCAAUUAUUUAUAAUGAGUUAAAGGCUGAUGUGGAUGCUCAGUUUGCAGUGCCUCCACUACUUCAAGUGCAUGGAAACAGAGAUACAUUAGUAGAGCUCAAAUGGGGCAAAGAGACGUUCAAUCAGCUGAAGUCCCUGGGAGUAAAAGGAGAAUUUCACGUACUAGAUAAAGUGGACCAUUCAAUAAGUAGAAAGAGCAUGGAGCUCAUCAAAGACUGGGUAACAAAAGUCCUGCCUGAAGACUCCAAAUAAUGUGUUAUAAGUUUAGUUAUAAUCUGGUAUACGAUUUUAAUUAGCAUCAAUUUCAUGACGUGUAUUUUGUAUUGAGUUUAUUAUGUUAUCAAUAUAAUAUAUAUAUUAUAUAUGUCAGUGACUUCUUUGCUAUGCUGAAUGCGACUUGUUUUUCUUACAUUGAGUAAUAUGUAUCAUUUUUAUUAAUUAUUAUUGCAUAAGUAAGCAAAUGCAUAAGCAAACUUCUAUCUAACAAUUUAUGUACCUAGAUGUUCUUUGCAGUUUUAGGUAGAUAUAGGUAAAGGUGAUUAUUACUAUCCAUUUUACACAGUGAUUAAAGACUGUUGAUGUA